AUGAUCACUACAGAACUCCCCGGGGGUAAGGUUCACGACUUGCCCGAAGAUCUCGCCGACGCCCUCGUCGCGGACGAGACAGCCAAGACAGCCUGGCUCGACAUCACUGUGCUGGCACGAAACGAAUUCAUCUGCUGGAUCAACGACGCGAAGCAGAAGGCCACUCGCGAGCGCAGGAUUCGCCGCACUGUCGAGGAAUUGAACGAAGGAAAACGCCGGCCUUGUUGCUGGCCAGGGUGCUCCCAUCGCGAGCGUAAUGGCCACUAUAACUCAACCGACCUCUCGAACAUCGCAUCCAUACGAGCCAAUCCCCAAACGAUCAUGCAUCUCCAUCUCCUUGCCAGCAUCUGGGCCCAUGCCUCUCUCGCAUCAGCAGUGAUUACCUGGCAACUUCAGAAAAGCCCAAACCCUACACAGGACCAAGCCGACGCAUAUUCUCGCAUCGAGUCAGCCAUGACUCUAGCCGUGGAACGGUACACGAAAUUUGCCGUCCGCCCAAACAAAGCCCUCACAGUCCAGUACGUGCCGAGCGUCGCCACGGCGGAUGGAAACUACAACGGCAACAUCCGGUUCGGCUCCAACAGAUCGUACAUGAAUGAACGGACGGCACUCCACGAGAUUUCGCAUACGCUUGGUAUCGGUCAGACCCAGGCUUUCGAUGCUAGAUGCUCUACGAACAACUGGCCGUCGGCGACGGAGCUUUUAAAGUCAUGGGAUGGCCCGGCUGCCAAAAUCAACUGCGGCGGGGGCCACAUUUGGCCCUAUGGGCUGAAUUACGAUGACGAGAUGAGUGAGACGAAUGCGGAUCGUCACUGCCAAUUGAUAGAUGCGAUGCUGGGCGAUGGUCUCUGA